AUGUUCACUCAUCCGCUGCUUCCCCUGCUGCGAGUGUCGAAGCCCACUGCUGCAUGGCUCGGCGAUAAGAGGUGGCCUCCAUUCGUGUUUGGGCCGCGGGUCGUGCUAGCCGCGCUGAUCUCCCUUGUGGGAGCAGCGCUCGCCAACGCGGGGGGCGUGGGGGGAGGCGGAUUAUUCGUGCCCAUGUUCAACCUGCUGUUGGGCUAUGAUGCCAAGACGUCCACUGCGCUCUCUAAGUCGAUGAUAAUGGGCGGCGCCAUGGCGAGCGUGUGUUUCAAUGUGCAGCUGAAGCACCCCACCUUCCACCAGCCCCUCAUCGACUACGGCUUGGCGCGCCUCAUGCAGCCCACGCUGCUGCUGGGCAUCAGCGUCGGCGUCACCUGCAACGUCAUCUUCCCGCCCUGGCUCAUUACGGUCAUGCUUUUCCUGCUGCUGCUCUUGAUGACGUACAAGACGCUAGGCAAGGGCGUGGCCAUGUGGAUGAAGGAGUCUCAGGUGGCGCACCAGGACCAAUCUAAAGCUCCUGCUGCUUCUGGGGGGCUCACCACCCCGUUGCUGCAGCAGCCAGAGGCAUCAGCGGCAGGGGCGGGAGGAGGAGCAGGAGCAGGAGGAGGAGCAGGAGGAGGAGGAGGAGGAGGAGGAGGUGGUGGGGGAGGGGGAAGGGGAGGCGCGGUGCAGGGGUCAGCAGUGCGCACCAAGAGUCUGAUGGAGGAGCUUCACUUUGGAGCACCGCUGGAGGCAUCUCUCUUCCAGCUGGUGGACUGGCGGUCAGUGCUUGAGCUCUUUCUAGUCUGGGCGGCCUUCCUGGCUUUGCAGCUCGCCAAGCAGCACACGCUUGACUGCAGCCGCCCCUACUGGCUGCUCAACGCGCUGCAGAUCCCCGUUGCUCUGCUCGCCACCCUCGUGGGCGCGUUCCGCCUCUACCGCCAAAGCCACCCGUCUCCCAGGAGAAACUCCCGAGGCCGUGGUGGUGAUUCUGCUAGCACUGCUGCUGGCGCUGGCGCUGGUGCUGGUGCUGGUGCUGGUGCUGGUGGUGCUGGUGCUGCUGCUGGUGCUGGUGCUGGUGGUGGUGGUGGUGGUGAAGCAUCAGAACACCAGGCUGCGAAUCCCAGCAGCAGCAGCAGCAGCAGCAGGAGGAGAGAGUACCACACGGCGCACUGGGGCAUGCAGCAGCUGUGGGGGUAUCCGCUGUGCUCCUUCAUCGCUGGAGUGAUGGGCGGGCUGCUGGGCAUAGGAGGCGGCAUGGUCAUGGGCCCUGUGCUUCUCGAACUCAACCUUCCUCCUCAGGUCACAGCAGCGACCACAACCUUCAUGGUUGUCUUCUCCUCCUCGCUCUCAGUGCUCGAGUUUUACCUCCUCGGCCGCAUCCCCAUCGAGGUUGCGCUCGUCUUUGCUGGCAUAGCCAUGGUCGCGGCCUUUUCUGGCCUUUCCAUAGUACGCGCUAUUGUCAUGCGCUAUGGCAAGCCGUCGGUGAUUAUUUUCGCGCUGGGUUCGGUUAUCGGGCUGAGCGGGAUAAUUCUCGGUGCUAUCGUCAUCGCCUCUGACUGCAUUUCUAGCCGUUUCGACUCCAAGUCGAAUUACUCCGAAGCAAUGGCGCCCGCUCCUCAGGUGUUCAAGCAAUGGAUGCAGUUCAAGGCUCCCAUGGUGCUGCUUCAGUGCGCGAUUGCGGAGAUUGUCGGAACCAUGUACUUCGUCUUCCAAGGCGUGCUCUGCUCGGCCAUCGUCACCCCAGGAGCCAAGGUCGAGCCUCUCACAACUGUGGUCAUCAUCGCGCUGGGUAACGGCGUCGCCUACGCGCUCGCUGUGGCCGGAACACUCGGCAUUUCCGGGGGUCACUUAAAUCCGGCAACCACAGUUGCCAUGCUCUCCGUCGGAUUGAUUGACGUGCUGUCUGCCGUCGUUUACAUUGUCGGGCAGCUCGUGGGAUCGCUCGUUGGCGUCGGCCUUGCAACUGCCGUCCUGCCUUCGGCUCUCAACAGGGUUCUUGGUGCCGCAUCACUUCCCGCGGGCACGUCAUCGGGCACGGGUUUCCUGGCAGUGCUUCUCUUCACCUCGCUUCUCAUCUUCACCGUUUUCGCCACCGCCGUGGAUCCCAGGGGCCCUAUCGCUCUCGCACCCCUUAUGAUCGGCCUUACCAUCCUUACCACCACCGCCGUGGGUGUGCCUCUAACGGGCGGAACCAUCAACCCCGCACAGGCGUUCGGAACGUCGGUGUGGCAGGGUGUGUGGGCUAACCACUGGAUCUACUGGCUUGCGCCGAUCCUGGCAGGCAUUGCUGUGGCAGUGCCGUAUUCGGUGGUCUAUCUGCUGCCGUUGAGCAACAAGAGCAAUGAUGACGAUGAGAAGGUGUAA